GAAAGACACAAGUGAGAAAACACAGCGAGCUGAAAGAGAAAGAGAGACUCUCUCAUCACCAGUAUCUUCAGCUGAAAUGUGUCUGCCUGUGGAUUUAACGACACACUCUGCAGACUGACUAGGAAAACAUGAAAACUCUGCAGUCUACACUCGUAUGGCUGGCAGGGACAGCUGAACUUGCAUGUUUUGGAUACGAGGAGAACACAGAUUUUGACACCUGAGCAGCCUUCAGAGCGUCAGCCAGCAUGUCAUUCAACUCCACGGCUGAUAAUCUGUGUGCACCGGACGACCACCUCUGCAUUGUAAGGGAGUAUGAGCAGGCGGUGAUUAUCGUCCCUACGCUGCUCUUCCUGGGCACCCUGGUCACCUUAGUGGCCCUGUUUCUCCUGAGGUAUUGUCCUGAACAGAGGCAGAGACGGACCACAGCCCCUCGGGGUUACCACAGCUCUUCGCACAGACAAACACAAAGAAACAACCACAAGCAAAGGCACGGCCACACACAAAGGCACAGCCACAGACAUAACCUGCAGGGCAUUGAUGCACCCCCGGGGAUAAACCCACUGGAACAUGAAGCACUGCCAAUGUCAGUUCAACAAGUGCAGCAGAAUGUCAGGCCAACUCUGGCUGCAGUGCCACAGAUGUCCACAGAGAGGCACCAUGGAGCCUUCAGUCAGGUCGUUGCACUGCCACUGUCCUUCUCCAUCAAACCUAAUGACACCGUCAGCCUCUACAGGGCCCGCAUGGACAACAAGGAUGUCAUCCUGAGGGUGCUGAAAGAAACAGCAAACAGCCAUGAGAAGCAGCAAUUUUUGGGUUUUGCAUCCUUCGUGUCAGGACUGGGACCGCACCCUUUCCUACCUGCACUGCUAGGUGUGGUUUCAGUGCAGCCGCCCAUCAUGAUGGUGGUGGAGGAGCUGCAGCACAGAGACCUGUUGGGCUACCUGUGGAGAUGUCGACAGGAUACCUCAAGUUUAGAGUCUGCAUGUGACAUGACUGAGAAGAGGAUCUUCACCAUGGCAGCACAAGUGGCCUCUGCACUGGAGUACCUGCACAGUCAGGGCUGCGUCCAUGGCAACGUGGGAGCUCGCAGCGUUCUGGUUGGUGGAGAUCUGACAGCGAAACUGUGGGGAUUGGGCUCAGCCUACCGCAGGAGAGCACAGGCCAAUUCACCGGGAGAGGUGGAGGACAUGGAGAUGAGGAAGUGGCAGGCGCCUGAAGUGCUGAGCAGAAGAGCCAUCAGUCAGAGCAGUGACGUAUGGUCCUUUGGUAUCCUCCUCUAUGAAAUGGUCACACUGGGUGACCCACCGUUUGCUCAGAUCAUGGCGACUGAACUUCUGCAGUAUCUACAAAGAGGAAACCACCUCAAACGGCCGGCCACUUGCUCCAGUUCACUGUACUCCAUCAUCAAGUCCUGCUGCCACUGGAACCCCCAACACCGCCUGCCGAUGUCGGAGCUGAUUAGAAAACUUCAGGCGGGAGAGAAAUCAGCCAAUGGGAGGACAGUUCUCAGAGUGCCUGAGCCACUGGACAUCGCGAAAUACAUGAGGGAGGCGGGAUAUGGAGAGGCGUACAACUAUGCCGUGCUCUGAUUGGCUGAGGGAGACUUCAGUCAGGAGUACUUGAUGCUGUUCUCGCCUCCUAUUGGCCAGUGGAUUUUCCUAUUAUAUGUGGGACUGAGAGUGAAGAACUCAAAAAAGACUUAUAAUAUAUAUUAUAGACACAUUUUUUGUUUUAUACUUGUUUGUACUGUUGUACACUUAAUAUGCAUUAUGAAGCACACUCACUUUAUAUUGCUAUUACUUGUAAAUAUGAUAUAUUAUGAUAUAAUAUAUGCACUUUUAACUAUAACAAAAGUCUCUAUAUGUUUGUAGCCUCUCAGAUGCUAAUGACAGAGCUCAGGAUGAGGCCUCUGCAGCAACUGGACCAAAAUACUGCACUAUAAAACUUACUUGUUUAAGUAUUCAGUAGGGACCAUAACAUGAUAAGGCUGACAGCUUUAACUUCAGCGUUUGGCUUCAUUACAACACAGAUAUAGCAUUAGCAUGAUGCCAUGUAUUCUAAUGCAUACUGAGCACCUCUUGCAAGGUUUUCAUUAGCAAGUGACUUGGCCAGAAAAACCUCAAGAAGUCAGCCCAACAGGAUCUUCUCAAGGACUCAAGUACUUAUCCAGGUUGCAGAAUAUAGUGUAACACCUUCCACUGAAUUUAAAGCAUGUCUGGAGCAUAGAAAUAGUCAACAUUAAAGGGCAAGUUCACCCCAAAAUCAAGUACAUAUCUUGCGUCUUACCCAUAGAGCCAUUUAUUGAUCUAGAUUGUUUUGAUAUAAGCUGCAGAGUUUUUGACAUAUCGGCUGUAGAGGUGUUUGCCUUCUCUCUAAUAUUAUGGAGCUAGGUGACACAUGUGGUGCUUUAGAGACUAGCUAACUAUGCUAAUGCUAAUGUUAUGGCUCCACCAAGGAUGUUUAUGUCCAGCACCGGAUG